AUGUUUCACUUACUUCAUGCUCUACAAAAAUUACAACAAUGUGAAUUUUGUUCAUGGUUUACUGUUUCUGAUCUCGGAGGGAAAAUGGUAAAGGAUCAGAGGGUGGGUGUGGCUAUGGAGCAUGGGAUUAAGUACAUUGAUAACAAAUAUGUAAAAUGUCUAUUAAGCAAAGACAGAAGUCGUUCUAACCCAUGCGGAGCAUGGGAUCUUCACUUGAACACUUGGCGGCCUUUGAUUCAAAACUCAAAUUGAAGAACAAUUGUCGGGGUUUAUCGGUUAAGCUUAACUUGGUAAUUUACCAAGUAAUCCCCCAAAUAAUUCUCAGUUUUAUGUUUUUAAGCACUUAGUUAAACAUUUAUAGUUGACACUUUUAAUGUGUAUUGUUAGACACAUUUAGUAUAUUAUUAGAUAAUGUUCAUUAGUAAUGCAUUUGUAUUUGAUACUUUUUAAGGUAUUAGAUGAUGUUUAUUAGUUUUGUUGUAAU